AUGACUAAACCCGGUUUCCUUAACAGUCGGCAAAUCUUUGUCUCAGUUGGAAAAAAGCCUGGGUUUUGUGUUUGGAUACACAAAGCACUUUUGACCGAGCGCUCAGAGUACUUCGCUGAACAACUUGUUAACGACACAGAAGCAACUCCGAAGUCACUCGUUCUUUCAAGUUGGAACACCAAAUGGGUGCAACGAUACCUGGAAACAGUUAUCACGAACGAGAUUGCAGAGUUUGAAGGUGACCUUGGCCAACAAUUAGGAUGUAUAACCACAAUCUAUGCAAUGGCCGUCGUGUUCAAGGAUUCCAAAACCAGAGACAUCUGUGUUUCGGAAAUGUUCGAUCGCCUCGAGGCUACUUACAAGAAUCUUCAGGGUAAGUUACGUCCCAACGAAGUGGAACCCUUGGCAGAAAUAGUCACACGGUUGUUCUCAGAUCAUCAAGAUUACAGAGGCCUUGCCGAGGAAAUGGUUUUAAACAUCUGCGUUGCUUUCUUAGGGCACGACGGAAUCGUUUUCAUUCAGCAUACUUUGCCCAGGAGAUUUCUCUUGCAAUUUUCGCUUCGGUUGUUGCAGCGUCAGGGGCAGUCAGAUUUCGUUUGGGACAAAGAUCGAUACUUGGAAUGUCGCCAGCCCCCAUUGCUAAAUAAUAGUGGUACCACUGUGCCGAACACACCUUCGCAUAAGGAUUCUUUAUCUACAGGCAAUCUCACUCCUGGACAGAAUGAGUCUUUUCAAGUUCCCAAUAGCGAGGUUAGGAUACCGAAUACACAAGCUCAAGAAGGGGUUGCUGGCACACCUUUUACUAGGCCUGUUCCAAAACCGGACGCCCGUACAAAUUUUGCAACAAGACCUGCAGGUAUUCCUCGAAGAAUAGCUGCAAGUUCGCCUCCACAGAGGGCUUCAACAGCACCUCAAAAAAAGUCUACGGAAGCACCAAGACAGCCAGGAAAUUCUGAGCAUAGAACUACUAGUUCGAACACACCCACUGAAGCUGGGCCAUCUUAGCCGAAAUGUGAUACGAAGCGCAGGCAGUUGUUUGAUUUUUGAAGAAAAGGG